AUGUCGGUUUCAAGAAGUUCAGAGUCGAACAAAUCUAAUAAUGAAAAAGAUAAUGAGAGCAUACUUGUCGAUAAGCUAUCAACGAGUAGCGUCGAGAAUCCAGAAAAAGUUGUCGAUGUUGUAAAAGAUCCUUUUGAACAGUAUACCCCAGAAGAGCGCGAAAUUCUGUAUCGUCAGGUGAAUGAUACCGAGGCUAAUUUAGCAGGGUAUAUGCGAAUUGUUACAUGUGGUGAUAAAUGGGAUUAUUUGCUUCAGUUGGCUGGCUGUAUCACCUCUAUUGGUGCUGGCCUUGGUAUGCCCUUGAUGUCUCUUGUCGCUGGUAAAUUAGCCAAAGCUUUUACCGAUCUUGCAAGCGGUCGUGGUGCUGAAACCUUCCAACACGACGUUAACCAUUUUGUAUUGUAUUUUAUUUAUAUUGCUGUCGGUGUUUUUGGAUGUUCUUAUAUCUAUACAGUCACAUUUAUCGUAUCUGGUGAACGGAUUUCUCGUCGCAUUCGCCAACAAUAUCUGCAUGCGGUCCUCGGUCAAAACAUCGGUUACUUUGAUCGUCUCGGUGCAGGCGAAAUUACCACUCGUAUUACUAGUGACACAAAUUACAUUCAAGAUGGUUUGGGUGAGAAGGUUGGCUUGGUGCUUUUUGCUCUUGCGACAUUUCUGUCUGGAUUCGUCAUUGCCUUCAUUCGGCAUUGGAAGUUUACCCUUAUUAUCAGUUCCAUGCUGUUGGCAAUCCUUGGUGGAAUUGCUCUCGGCGUAAAAUUUAUAACGAAGUUUACGAAAGCUCAGAUUGCCCAGCUAUCCAGUUCUAGUACUUUUGUUGAAGAGGUUUUAUCUAAUAUACGUAAUGCAUUCGCUUUUGGUACUCAGAACUUGUUAGCCGAUUCUUAUACGAAAUUUUUGAACCCCGCCAAACGCAAUGGCAUCAAGAAAUCCAUCGUUAUGGGACUCAUGAUCGGAUGGAUGUUUUUUGUUGCUUAUGGUGCUUAUGGCCUUGCUUUUUGGGAAGGUGGUCGUCUUUUGCAUGCUGGAGAUCUGACUGUCGACAAAAUGAUCAGUUGUUUGUUUGCUGUUCUAAUUGCGUCUUAUAGUUUGGCAAAUAUAUCUCCAAAAAUGCAAGCCUUCGUGAAUUGCUCGUCAGCGGCUAAAAAGAUCUUUGACACGAUUGACCGAGCGAGUCCAAUUGACGCCUUUUCGCCCGCUGGUAAAGCUAUUCAACAUGUUAAUGGAGCAAUUGAGUUGAAGAAUGUAAAGUUCGUAUACCCCACGAGACCUGAAGUUGUAGUUCUAGACAACUUUUCUUUGCUGUGCCCGGCAGGCAAAAUUACUGCUCUUGUUGGUGCGAGUGGUAGCGGAAAGUCCACUAUAGUAGGUCUCGUAGAGCGAUUCUAUGAUCCUAUUGCAGGACAGGUUAUGUUGGAUGGUGAAGACAUCCGAGAUUUAAACAUUGCAUCUUUACGCGGCUAUAUUUCUCUAGUACAGCAGGAGCCCGUUCUGUUUGGAGCUACCGUUUUUGACAAUAUUGCUUAUGGAUUGACUGACGACAUUCAAUCAACAAUGACCGAGGAUGAACUGCGAGAGCGCGUUUACGAUGCUGCCAGGACCGCAAAUGCUUAUGAUUUUAUUAUGACUUUGACCGAACAAUUUAAUACGAAUGUAGGCCAGCGCGGCUUUUUAAUGUCGGGUGGACAAAAACAAAGAAUUGCAAUUGCCAGAGCUAUUAUUAGUGAUCCUAAAAUUCUACUUCUGGAUGAAGCGACAAGUGCUUUAGAUUCGAAAAGUGAAGUCCUUGUUCAAAAGGCUCUAGACAAUGCUUCUAGAUCUCGCACAACAAUUGUCAUUGCUCAUCGUUUAUCAACAAUCCGCAAUGCCGAUAACAUCGUAGUAGUCAAUAGUGGAAAGAUUGUUGAACAGGGAACACACUCCGAUUUAUUAGCUUUAAAUGGAGCUUAUGCCAAAUUAGUUGAAGUGCAGCAACUCGCUGAAACGAAUAACGAUGAUGUUACCUUUGAGUCAGGAGAAGAGAAAGCUGGCGAAAUUGUUCAUACGACUGCACAAGAUGAAAGUGAUAGCUCUUCGAUCCCCAAUUCAUUCUCUUUAAUACAUGAAAAAGAAAACGAUGCAGUUUCGCUUCGCGAUAAUCCACUUGCUCACUUGCCAAUCGAUCCCGUUCCGGAUUUGCCAAACAAAACUAUGGACAGUUUAAACGAGGAAAUCCCGAGUGCACAGCUUGAGGGUACCGCGACUAACAUCAGCUCUUGGAAAGCAUUGAUUUUUAUUCAUUCUUUUGUUGAUGGUACUUUAGAAAUUGUGUGUCUUAUUAUUGGUGUGUUAGCAUCCAUGGUUUGUGGGGCCGCAUAUCCCGUACAAGCAGUGGUGUAUGCCAGAUUUUUGAAUAUCUUUACAGAGUUGAAUUCGCCGGAUUACUUCCAUAAAAUUAGCAUUUUUGGUGUUUACUGGUUGAUCCUUGCCAUUGCAGAAUUUUUCGGUUAUUCUAUAAGUGAGUAUUCUAUGUCUUAUGUGCUGCAGUCUGUUUUACAACGUAUUCGCUGGCAUCUCUUCCGUACCCUCCUUCGUCAAGAUGUCGAAUUCUUUGACCGUACUGAGAAUACUGUAGGUGCUUUGACUACUUCACUCUCAACUUCCAUUCAGAACCUAGAAGGACUGACAGGAUCUACUCUUGGGACAUUUGUGCAGAUUCUAACAAACGUAGUCUCUGUUUCAAUUCUUUCACUGGCCACCGGAUGGAAGCUGGCUUUGGUUACAUUAGCUACUUCCCCUGUUAUAAUUACGGCUGGUUAUUAUCGGGUUGCUGCAUUGGAUCAAAUUCAGGAUAAAUUGUCAACCUCUUACAAAACGUCUGCUGCAUAUGCUUGUGAAUCUACAUCAGCCAUUAGAACAGUUGCCAGUCUUACGAGAGAAUCGAAGGUAUAUGAAAAUUACUGUGCAUCGUUGGUCCAACCUGGUAGAGAAACAGCCAUAUCUUCUUUAAUAUCUGGUUUGUUCUUUUCUGCGUCGCAAGCGGUUACAUUUUUGGUCAAUGCGCUGGCGUUUUGGUACGGUGCUACAUUGAUGAAAACAGGCGAAUAUACUUUAGUCCAAUUUUAUACCUGCUUUAUUGCUAUUGUUUUCGGUAUCCAGCAAGCUGGACAAUUUUUGGGCUAUGCAGCUGAUGUUACGAAAGCUAAAUCGAGCGCUGGAUCGAUUAAGUAUUUGUGUGAUAGUAGACCAAAAAUUGAUACCUGGUCUGAAGGAGGACGAAAAAUUGAAUCUUUGGAAGAUUCUUCCAUUGUGUUUAAUGAUGUAAAAUUUCGGUACCCUACGAGAAAGCACAUCCAGGUACUCCGUGGUCUCAAUUUGACGGUUACACCUGGUCAAUUUGUUGCUUUUGUGGGUGCUUCAGGAUGCGGUAAGUCAACGACGAUUGGCUUAAUUGAACGCUUUUAUGACUGUGAAAGCGGGGCUGUAGAAGUUGGAGGUAUCGAUAUCCGUGACUACAACAUUAAUGAUUACCGUAAGCAGAUAGCUCUUGUAUCGCAAGAGCCAACCUUGUACCAGGGUACUAUUCGAGAGAAUAUAGUCCUUGGUGCUUCGAGAGAUGUCACGGAUGAAAACAUUUAUGAAUGCUGUAAGAUGGCAAAUAUUCAUGACUUUAUUAUGGGGUUGCCUAAUGGAUAUGAAACACUUUCAGGACAGAAAGGGUCUUCUUUGUCUGGUGGGCAGAAACAAAGAAUUGCUAUUGCUCGUGCCUUGAUUCGAAAUCCUAAAAUUUUACUGCUAGACGAGGCAACCAGCGCUUUGGACAGUCAUAGUGAAAAGGUAGUACAAGAAGCUUUGAACAAAGCGUCUGAGGGACGUACUACAGUAGCCAUUGCUCAUCGCUUAUCAUCUAUACAGCAUGCUGAUUGUAUCUUUGUAUUUGAUGGAGGUGUAAUUGCUGAGGCUGGUACACACAAUGAACUUGUGAACAAGCGUGGCCGUUAUUAUGAACUUGUGGUUGAACAAGGUCUUGGUACGGAUUAG